AUGACGCGCAGAGCCCUUUGGCAGAUAUGUCUGAGCAUUGCAGUCAUCUGCAGUGCCACGAUCGCCCUGCUGUUCUGGACGGACGUGCCGCUGAAGACCAUCGGAUUUCCUGGAAAACAACACAAUGACGAAAAAAAGAAUCCGACUUCAAAAUACUAUUCAUUCAGAACAUAUUCAGCAUUCGGUACAUCGAUCAACGACACCACCUCCAAAUCUGCCACGCGAGAGCAGCUCUGCGAGCAUUUCCCGAAGGCGUUGCUCCGCGACAUCCAGCCAGUCUUAAAGGUUGGCCAUGGAGUCGUCCAGACUCGCGCGCGGAAUUCCCUCAAUAGUUGCUCCGCCUGCAUUGAUGACCUGCUGAUAUUCUCCGACUUCGACGAAGAGCUGGAAGGACGGCCAAUCAUCAACGUCAUUUCAGAUCUUCCCGCCGAGCAUCAGGAGCAAGAACAGCUCAUUCCCUGGAAAGCUAUGAAUGGCCUUCCAGUGAACGGCUCUAUGAUGGACCCGGAGAUAACCGGCAGACAAGGGUGGGAGCUGGACAAGUUCAAGUUCUUGCUAAGUAUCAGCCGCGCAUGGCGCAUGCGGCCCGAGAAGAGGUGGUACGUCUUCUAUGAAGGCGACACCUUCGUCGUCUGGGACAACGUAUUUCGAUGGCUGGCGAACUUCGACCCAGACACACCGCAAUAUUUUGGAAGCCCAUCUCCAGGACGCGAGGACAAGGGUGAGCGGGUAUGGUUUGCAAAUGGUGGGCCAGGCUACAUCAUUAGCCGAGCAGCUAUGAGGAGACUCGUGAAGAAUGACUUCGACAAGACGACCGGCGAGUAUUUGGGAAGCAAAUUUACCGAGAAUCAUUGGGGAGAUGUGCUUACAGACUGCUGCGGAGAUUCUGUGCUUGGCUGGGCUCUUUGGCAAGAGCAAGUCAGGAUUAGUGGCGUGUGGCCAUCCAUGAACCCACAUCCGCUCCACGGCGUUCCUUUCUCAGAUCAGCAUUGGUGUCAGCCUGUGAUGAGCAUGCACAAAGUGCAUGAGAAGGAUAUGGUGGAUUUGUGGCGGUGGGAAUGGGCACAUCGCGAUUUCAAGCGCCCUUUCCUAUACCGUGAUCUCGCAUUAUCCUAUCUCAACCUCACCACCAUGCAACGACGAAACAACUGGGACAACGCCGCCUGGGAUGGCUUCGACGCACCCGCCGAUGCACCACACGUCUCUGCCGACUCUUGCGAAUCAGCAUGUAACAGUCAUGGAGGCUGCUUUCAGUGGACUUAUCACCGUCGGCGUUGCACUUUUGUACGAUCGUUCCGCCUCGGAGAUGCAAAGGAGCCGACCACGCCAGAGCCGGAGACGGAUGGUGAAUGGACGGCCGAAGACCAGCAAUUCAUCGCCGGAUGGGACACCAAGUCUAUUGCGAAGUGGGCGGAUGAGCGGCCGUGCAAGGAGAUUCAGUGGCUGAGGCCUAGUAUCUCGAGGAUUAUAUGA